GUGAGUUCGGCUACCUCAACAUGGCGGCGCCCUUGUCAGUGGAGGUGGAGUUCGGAGGCGGUGCAGAGCUCCUGUUUGAUGGCGUAAAGAAACAUCAGGUCACCUUACCUGGACAGGAGGAGCCCUGGGACAUCCGGAGUCUCCUUGUCUGGAUCAAGAAGAAUUUGCUAAAAGAGCGGCCAGAAUUGUUCAUCCAGGGAGACAGCGUGCGACCAGGAAUUCUGGUGCUGGUUAACGAUGCCGACUGGGAACUGCUGGGCGAGCUGGACUACCAGCUGCAGGACCAGGACAGCAUCCUCUUCAUAUCCACACUGCAUGGCGGCUGAGGGCCCCACUUGGUGCUCGGGCUCCCUUGGGGUGGGAGGACGAGCACAAUCAGACAUCCCCUGGGGCCCUGCUUCCAGGUCUCCCUGUCCCCCUUGGCUGCUUUCUUCCCUGCUCUGUCCCCUGAGCUCCCUCCAGGCAGGGAAAAGAGGCCAGGUGCUAAAAAUGAGCCUUUCUCAGGCACGUGAGUAGAGGCGGACAGGCUCAGCCCUGCCUCCCUCCCCAGCAGCUGAGGUGGGGGAGGGUACCCCUCUGGUUUGUUACAACAGGAGGGGACCCCAUGGCCAGGUGACCCAGCUGCCUUCCACUCCUUGUGUGUCAGGCUGCACACUGACCACUGACAAGGCACGCCAGCUCCUGGGCUGUGGUGUCUUCUUGGGGAAGAUGAAUGAACUGGAAUAGCUGAUGGGCAAGGCCCCUCCCUUCUCAAGGAUAAGAGGAUUCUCUGCCUCAGUUUCCCCAUCUAGACAGCAGAGGGCUCUGGCUGUCCCCCACUGAUAUCAUUAUGGAACCCCAGCUGGGGUCCCCUAUUCAGUGUUAACUCCCCCCUCCCAGCAGCUGCUCUUCCAACCAUACCCCUCCUCCUGCUCCCCCAUCCCCAGCCCUUGACCCUGGCUGGCCUGCCCCCCCCCCCACAGGCCACCAGAUGGGCUCCUAAGACCCUCCCCCAGCAAAAGGCUGCCCGCAGCUCAUUCUGGAGAGAGAGGAACAGGCAAAAACCUCAGACUGGCACAUAAGAGGCUGGGGGUGGGGGCGGUCAGAGUGCCUCAGUUUCCUCCUCAACAGCAACUAAAUAUUUAUAGUAUCUGAAGGAAGCAUUAUAUUUGAUGGCACAAACGUAGACUUUAUCUCCUUUCCACCUCCUUCAGGAAGCAGAAUAGGGGCAGACAGCACCUGGUAGGCAGGAUGGUCUGCCCCUCCUCCCUCCAUCCCUUCUGGAAGUCCUGGGGCCUCAGUGCCUGCAACAGCUGGCCUUGGGCAAAUAAAAGACUAGGUUGUUUACUA